AUGGAGCACUUCUUCGGCCAGCAAUGGAAAGACCAAGGCAUCUACCACCUGAUCAAGCUGUUUGAUCGGCCGCUUGUUAUGGAUCGGUCACUCUUGGCCGCGGCUUUGUGCUUCUGGUCGUCGGCCACCAACACUAUGAACUUUCGGUUUGGCAUGAUGACGCCGACCGUUCUAGAUAUGGCCUCCCUGUUCAGCCUGUCCCCUCUCGGCGUGGAAGUAAACGCCGCCCUUGUUGCUCCCGAGGUGGAAGGGAGUUUCAAAACCACGUGGCUCACUCUCGCGAGACUCGCCGAAAAUAAGGCGAAGAACAUGCUCAACUACUCCAACUUCUACAGCAACUUUGGCGUAGAAGACAGCUUUGAAGACGACGCCAUCGCCCCCCUCGGCGAAGUUGAGCACACCGCGUUCUUGCUGUACUGGCUGUGCAAGUUCGUGUUUUGCACCCAGGCGAACAAGGUCACCCUGGAGUUCGCCCAUUUGGCCGAUUAUCUCGCGCAAGGCGGCAGGCUGGCGCUCAGCCCAUUCCUUCUCGGCCAUAUCUACCGCACGCUUCACGACAUUGUCACCGAUGGGAUGAAGCCGAAGCACGGCGGUCCACUGUGGGCCUUUCAGUUCUGGCUACAAGCUUACUUCCCAGAACUGAGGGGGGUGGCCAGUCCCAAUGACAACGAGCCGCUGGCCAACGCAUUCGCUCGCGCCCCCAAGAAGCAUAAUGCCACGGCCUUCUGCUACAAAUUCUUCUACAGCUUGACCGAGAGGACUGGUACGCAGUUCCGAGUCCGCCUCGCUCGGCCGUUCCCCAUGUUCCUCGCCCACGACCUCUCCGUUAUUCUUGAUGGCGAAACGGAGAACGAUCUGAAAGAGAUCUGGGGCUCCUUCCUGGUCUCACGCGACCUUCACUGCGACUUGUCCAAAGCCGGGGCCGAAGUUUACCUGCCAAACUUCGUGGCGCGGCAAUUCGGCCUGAUUUAG